CCGUUAUGUGGAAAGUUUUUGCACGGCUCGAAGACUGCAUUUGGUGAAGCGGUCAAUUGUCAAUGCAAGGCUGUCCGCGAUCGGUUAGUCACAAUGGCUGGACGCAAAGUGGUAUUGUUUAACCAGUGGGGAGUUGUUUUGACUCCGAGUCCGGAUUUGGCUUUCGACAAGUAUGAAGAUUCCCAUCAACUUCCGAGAGGGUUUCUGGGAAAGGUCGCUUCACGUGACGGGAGUGCUAUGGUCCGGGCAGAAAACGCGAAGCUGACAUUAUCUCAAAUGAUUCCAGAGUUCGAUGCGGAGUGCGUGAAGGAGGCCGGGGAUCAGGGCGUGGCUCUACCAGGAGGUUUCUCAGUGAGAGGGCUGUUUGAUGAACUCAGAGAGACACUGACCAUCAACACGCCUGUACUGCACACUGCUGAUACGCUCCGCCAGCAUGGGGUGUUGACGGGUGUGUUAGCCAAUCAGUGGGUGGAUGAUUGUGCAUCUGGAAGUAACCUCGCCAGAGCCCUGUCACUGAUUGGUGGACAUUUUGAUCUGCUGCAGCAGUCCUGUCGCUGCGGCUUCAGGGUACCUGAGCCCUCCAUGUUUACCUCAGCUCUGCAAGUUCUAGAUGUCCAACCAUCACAGGCCGUGUGGGUGGAUGAGGAUGAGGAGGGUGUGAAGGCAGCAGAGGGAGUUGGGAUGAAGGCUGUCCUGGUGAAGGACCUGGCCGGGGCUCUGAAGCAGCUGUCUGACUUCACAGGAGUUCAGGUUUUAACUGAGGAUAGCCUCCCAGCAACCUGCCAUCCUGAACAGGUUUCUCAUGGAUACGUAACCAUCAAGCCAGGGGUACAGAUCCAUUAUGUGGAGAAGGGAGUGGGUCCUCCAGUGCUAUUGUUUCAUGGCUUUCCUGAGAGCUGGUACUCCUGGAGGUACCAGGUCCCAGCUCUGGCAGAUGCAGGGUUCAGGGUGUUGGCUCUGGACAUGAAGGGCUACGGAGCCUCCUCAGCUCCCCCAGACAUAAAGGAGUAUUCUCAGGAAGAGCUGUGCAAGGAUCUGGUGGUCUUUCUGGAUAAGAUGGGUAUUCCCCAGGUGACCCUGAUUGGUCAUGAUUGGGGUGGGUCUCUGGUCUGGAGCAUGGCACAGUGCCACCCUGAGAGAGUCCGGGCGGUAGCAUCUCUGAACACUCCACUGUUUCCUGUGGACCCUGCCAGCCCUCCCAUGGAGAGGUUGAAGGCUAUGCCCAUAUUUGACUACCAGAUCUACUUCCAGACCCCUGGAGUUGCAGAGGCAGAGUUAGAGAAAGAUUUAGAACGGACAUUUAAGAUCUUCUUCUUCGGGAGUAGGGAUAAGACCGGUGGUGGUGGGCUCAGCACUGCUGGGGUUUGUGCCAGAGGAGGUCUGUUUGUGGGGGUUCCAGAAGAGGUUCCCAGGAGUUCCAUCCUCUCUGAGGAUGCUCUGCAGUUCUAUGUCACAGAGUAUAAGAAGAAUGGUUUCCGCGGUCCGUUGAACUGGUACCGUAACGUGGAGAAGAACUGGGCCUGGUUGUGUUCUCGUCCCCGGACCCAGCUGCUGAUGCCGGCUCUGAUGGUGACCACAGGGAAAGAUCCGGUUCUUCUGCCUGUGUUCUCGAAGGGCAUGGAGAACAUGAUUCCCAAUUUGACUAGAGGGCACAUUGAAGAGUGUGGACACUGGACACAGAUAGAGAAACCAGCUCAGCUGAACAAGAUCUUGAUCUCCUGGCUUCAGGACACUCUGGGGAAGACUGGCAUCACCAUGACGCCCAGACUGUGAACAAGAGAGAGAGAGAAAUGUAUUGAUGAUACAUUGAGAGGGGGAGUGUGAAUUAGGGUAUGGUGAAAACAGUGUUGAGAAUGACAGGGAAGGAGAAUGUGCGUGCAUGCACUCACAGUAACACAUUAAAAAACAUGCAAGCACGCACAGUCACACACAUUACACAUACAAACACACCGCUUGUAUUACAGUAUUAUCAAUCUGUCUUUGAAUUAUUAUCAACAUGGUGUUUUUGUCUUUCAAUAAGACCUCAGAGUAUUACAACAUAGAAGUAUUUCAUAGAUUUCAACUGUACUGAGAAAAUUGUCACGUUUUCAAUUCUCACUAACAUGACAGUAUAGUUAGUCUGUCACACAUCUUUUGGAAAAAAAUUCUCUUAUAGUAUCAACACAAGCAUUUAACAGAAUUAAUAACCUUUUAUGAAUGUAUGUUUGCUUCAACUGUCUCCUCUGUUUAAUAAAGCUGUACCAGACUGAUU